GACUGUCUAUCACCAUCUCCAGCACUUCAUCUCAAACAAAGGAAGCUCUCCGAAGUCAUUCAGUAGCUUCCUGAACCUGAAGAGAGAAGAUCCAAGAUGCCACGGUCAAAGUGUGAUGUCAUGUCCAAAGAACCCAGCUCCAACUUGGAAAGCGCGAUGCAGAUGCUCAUCAAGACCUUUCAUAAGUAUUCUGGGAAGGAAGGAGACAAAUUCACGCUCAGUCGAGGAGAAUUGAGGGAACUGCUGACAGAGGAGCUGGGAAAUUAUCUAGGGAACGCCCAAGAUAAAGACGCGGUGGAACGUGUAAUGAAUGACCUAGAUGCCAACAACGAUGGCGAGGUGGACUUCACCGAGUUCAUCAUCCUCAUAGGCGCGCUGACUGUGGCCUGCAACGACUUCUUCCUGGACAGCCCGCCGCCCAAAAGUAAGGCCGACAGCAAUAGCGACGGAGCUGCAGAGGAAAAGAAAGAAUAACGGUGCUUACACAACAAGAGAGAAGUAUUAGUGCGUAGUAGUGCUGAGAACAGAGUGAGAUUCUAGCUUCCUUCAUUUCUUUCAUCGGGACUGACAAACCUAUAGUUCCUGAAGGAGAUUUGCUUUUUAUAAUUCAACACAGCUGUUCGUUACUUUCAAUGCAAAACUGUCAAACCCAAAGGCGAACACUUGGGGGGCUGAUGGAAAACACGCGGGGUAG